UAGCCCAAUCAGACCAAAACCUAGUUUCUAGGGAUCCUCCCCUGUUCCAUCUGUGCGCCGCCACCCACCUCGGAGUCCAGCCCGAUCCAAUCAGCACGCAGCGCGGUCCCAGUUCUUCCCUCGAUCCCCAGGCGGUGACCUCACCAGCCGCCGUGCCGCGUUCUGCACCUGCCGGCACCGAGCUGCCCCAGCCGCGCCGCACCGAGCCCUCCCUUCGCCGAAGCCCUGGAGAGCACCGCCUCGUCGGGACCAGGCUGCCUCUCCUCCUCCCUGCUUCCUUUCCUCUCACUGGUUCUCUCCCCCAUGCUGAGCUCUGUCCUCUUUCCCUUCCCCAGGUACCGUGUCCGAGGCUACUGCGGGUCGGCCUCUCGGCGCCAGUCGCUGCAGCCGUUGGGAAUGGGGCCAGCCACCGGAUCUGGUGGAGUUGGAUCCUUCCCCGUCGCAAAAUGGCUCCACAUUGCGAGGUUCUUCGCUUCACCGAGCUCCUGCGCCUCCCUGUUGCCCGCCUGCAACGCCAAGCUGACGAGCCCAUGUGCUGGAGCGGAAGCUGUGGCCACCGGAGCUUCAUUGAGCGCCCCAGCACCGGGAACGGGACUCCCUCGCCUAGGACCUUGCCCCCUCGAGCUCGCCCUGUCCCUCCUCUGCUUCCUCUCGCUGUGGCCGCCGGUAGCGGUUUCCCCGAUUUGCAGGUACAGGUAAAGAUUACUUGAUGCGAGCGC